AUGGCUACCAAGAGGCGAGAGACGCUUCGAGCUGUCAACUGGCGACAGUUCAGCGAAGCCAAAGUUGGCUUUACGUGAAGGUAGUUCGAGGAAGAGCCUUUUCCUAACAAUUUCUCAAAGUUCUGUAUCCAGCAGGAAUGAAAAUCCAGUGUCAUGGACUAAACAAGAAACUUGUAUGCUAUUUAUAAAUAAAUACAGUAUAUAUGUCUGUAUUGGAAAGAUCCCUGGAACGACAAAUGGCCAACAACCAAAGAUAAAGAGGAUAUGCCCAAGCAGUAAAAAAAUGCAUGUAAAUCCCAACGAUCAGGUAUGGUAUUCGAAUCAUAUUAUUAUUAUUGAUUUAAAUUAAAACAACUAACCGAGCAUUGAGUGCCAGUGCCCCUCCUUGACAAGUAAAAUCAGAGUAAAAUAAUAAAGAAGGGCACAUUAGGAUGGAAUGUAACUUAACAGAUUAAAUUCAUAAUUUAAUUUCAGGCUGAACACAUUUGCAGGCUGAAACAUUUGUAAACAACAAAUGGAAAUUGAAUUGACUGCAUCUUUAAACAACAAGCUCCCAACAAUGUUGUGAUUAAAUUUGACUGAUAAAUUCAAUGCCAUUUAUAUAUUCUUAUAUUUCAUUAAUUAAAGCAAAAUAUUUUAAUUGUUCUAGGAGGUUCAUGUAGAACCCGAGUCCUAAAAACCUUGGCGAAGAAUGUGGUACAUUGAGUGAUGCAGAAAAAGAUUUUGAAAUUGACUAUGUACAUGAUUCUGUUGGCUCAGCUAUUCCUGUGCCAUCAAGUCCUGCUGCUGUGUUCAAUUUUAGUGAUAAUCUCUCACCAAUUUUCAAAGAGUCACCAUGUAAGGGCUCAGCAGGAAAUAACCCAGGUACUCUUGGUGAUAUUGUCCAAAAUCUCAUCACAGCCUUCAAAAGUGUAGCAUGUCCCAAAGAUUAA